GGCUGAGAGAGCGGCUCUUCCGAAGGCCAAGCGGAGGAGGCUCUUUGGAGGGCGGGCGGGCAGUUCUCUCCCGGCCCCGAGGGAAGGGGUCCCGCGGGGAGAGAGAGUGCCACGGGCGCCCCGCUCUCGACCUGAAAGCCUCCUUUCUCCUCCAGGGAGGCCAGGCUCCCCGUGGACCCCCACAGUUUGGCCCAAGGGGCUUCCAUCAGGAAGCUGAAGCCACCCCCGAAGCCUCUCCGGGGGAAGGAGCCCCAGGAUGGCAGGCAGCGCGGGGGCCGGACGCUGGGACGAGACCGUCUGCGACAGCCUGGCUUGCCAGCACCCGCCUUGCUGGGAGGCGCUGCGGAGGGUCGAGAGUGGGAACCCCCGGCCCGCCUUGGCAGCGCCAGGCAGACGGAGCCCUCCGGAGGACGGAGGUGAGCAGGGCCCCGCUUGCCAGGGAGCCUUGGCGAGGGAGGCAGGGGAGCCUUCCUGGGAGCCUGACCCCACGUGGCUUCGCCAUCCAUGUUCAGGGGAACUGCCCACCCUGAAGAUUGUCAACCUUCCCCUCAACUGUUCCUGGAGAGAGAGGAUCAAAGGCAGUGACAGCUAUGGCUCCAUUUCCAAAGCCAUCUCCAGCAUGAAAGACGACAGGAGCUACUUCUCAAGCUCCCCCCAGAACGAGCCUUUGAUGCCCCCCGUCUCAGUCCUGAGUUCGGAAAGGGAUCCCUUCCCAGGACUCAACUCCCGGGUGGAUUCUCAGACCCCGCACUUCUUACCAAUCAGCCUCACCUGCUGGAGGCAAGCUGAGAAAAUACAGGUGACGGAUAUCAGUGAAUUUGCAAUACACAGGCUUGGUUAUCAGCUGCCCUGUGGGAACUUGGUGGUCAGGUGGAUCCCAUCCACCCGGCCCAAACCUUUGCGACCCCAAAAGCCAGCUGCAAGGGCUGUGACACCUCCUCAAAGGAUGUGUGUGAAAGACCUCUUGUUGGAAAGCAACCUUGCUUUUAAGGAGAUCCAAGGAGAGAUGGUAAGUGAACAAACUCAUUCCACAGAAAAGAAAAAAAAUCAAGCAAAGUCCCCACCGGAGGCCAGCCUUACCUCCUUCAUCUCAGGAGGAACAAGCAGGUUCCGGCUGACACAUCAAGGCUCAGUACCCAGCUGGCAUCGGAUGCCAGGCCUGAUGACGCAGCUGGACAGAGCUGAUGCCCCUAGCCACAGAACAGAGGGAGGAAAAGGAAAAAUAACUCGGAUGUUCCAGGAAUCCUCUACAGAGGGCUGCAGGCCCCCAGGGCCCCCUGAGACCCAUCCCAGGAAGAAGCAGUUGGUGAAAUCUGUGGAGUGUAAGAACAUGAGGAACAAUCUGCUCACGGUGGGUGAGUGGUGCCGAUCCCUCCUCCUGGGGUCUGACUUGCGCUGA